CUAUCGUUUGAUCAAAGAAAAAAAAGAAAUCUCUCUAUUCUCAAUCUAGCAUCCAUGGCAACCACAUCACCAUCAGCAUUGCAUCAUCAGUUUCUCACAAGCCCUCACGAGAACGGCACCAACGAUAUCGAAGCUGAAAUAGCUUAUGCGGAAGAAACUCUUCCAAAUCUCUCUUCAUUCAUGGAGAACAACAACAAAGAAGAGGACGAUGAAGAUCAAAAGUCCACAAGCAACAAGAGGUAUAUGGCUCUUUUAUUUUUCAACUACUUUCUUCUCUUUGUUGGGUCACUCUCUGCGAGUUUGAUGUCAAAAUUUUACUUCAUUCACAAAGGUGCUAGCAAAUGGGUCUCUACAUGGGUUCAGACCGCUGGUUUUCCCAUCCUAAUCUUUCCCAUUUUUCUCCCAUUUAUCCUUAAAUACUCAGAGAGAAAACCUUACGCAGGUUUCACCAAAAUGAUGUACCUGUGUUGUGUUUUAGUUGGUCUUAUGUUAGGGUUUAACAACCUUUUAAUCUCAUGGGGUGUGGCAUACCUUCCUGUCUCAACCUCAUCACUUCUUUUGUCUUCCCAGUUGGUUUUCACUCUCAUUCUGUCUUCCCUCAUUGUGAAACAAAAGAUAACCUUUACAAACCUAAAUUGUGUGAUCCUCAUCACCGUUAGUUCCGUCAUUCUAGCCUUGGAUUCGAGUCACGAGAAGCCACCGGGUCUCACAAACAAAAACUACUUCAUAGGGUUCACCUGCACCAUCGGUGCAGGAUUUUUGUUUGCUUUGUAUUUACCAGUGAUGGAGAAGAUCUACCAGAAGGUGAACUGCUACCAAAUGGUGAUGGAAAUGCAGCUGAUAAUGGAGAUUACUGCAACGGCAUUGGCCACUGUAGGCAUGGCAUGUGACGGAGGGUUUUCUGACAUGAAAAAAGAGGCCGAGAGCGUUUUCGACAAAGGAACCGCUAUUUAUUGGGUAACCAUUUUGUCGAAUGUGGUGACAUGGCAAUGUUGCUUUAUGGGAACUGCAGGAAUGGUUUUUCUGACAUCUUCUCUAACCGGAGGGAUUUGUUCCACUGCGUUGUUAUCUAUAAAUGUUUUGGGAGGAGUGGUGGCUUAUAAAGAUCCUUUCGGAGGUUACAAGGCUGUCUCAACUGUUCUCUGCAUUUGGGGCUUCUGCUCUUAUGUCUUUGGCAUGUACAUCAUUAGGAAGAAAAAGAAGGUUAUUGUAAGGAAGAACAGCAGCAGCACCGGAUCUUCCGCUGAGUUGAUCCCUAGAAGAAACUCUGAUGUUAAUUAGUUCAACUGUAGAACUUCGACAAGAAUCAUCAGUUUCAAAGGUGGUACCUAGUUUGGCCCAGUCUUCAAUUUGUUGCAGAAUUUCUGGAUGUUUGUUAUGUUUAGAUUUGAGUUUGUAUGUUUUGUGUUUGAAUCGUAUUUGAAUUUGUAAGACGUGUUCUUGUUUCUUUGUGUUUCUAGAUGUUGUUGGUUAUGUAAUGAAACUAUGCUUAAAAUCCAAAUGUGUUUGUUUUCUCCGUUUAA